AAUCUCAGUUGACCUUCAAAGCGAAUGAAAACAUUAAUCAUUAAAUGAAAUUUUCUUCCGUGCACCAUAGUCGGUGCCAGGCAGCAACGCGACUCUUAAUUGUUAUCAUAUGUAUCAGUAGGCUACUAGCAUUAUUGUGUCUGCUCGACAAAACUUUGACCUUGGCGAAUGAAAUCAUUGUCGUUUCUUCCAUGCACCACACUCAGUCGAUGCCGGUCAACAACACGACUCUGACGGUCACCGCAGCUGCAUUAGCGCACAACACACAAAACCCAGCGAAAUACGUAGUAUACUUAGCCAACCACUGCAACUAAAAUGGCCGCUGUCACUAUCGCAACUUGCCUGUUUGGGCUAGUGGCUGUCUUCCUGACCUGCGGUGGUAUUAUGUUGGGCGCCUUUGUUUUGUUUGUGCAUUACCAGCAUCGUAAGUUCGCCCAUAUACCCUCCGCACCAAGGAAAGGGCUGAAAGGGUUCUUUCUCGGCCAUGCCCCAGUGAUGGUAGAAUACCACAAGAGGAACCAGUCGUUCAACGAUGCAAUCGUUGAAAUGAUGCGUGAAUAUGGCCAUGUUGUAGCUAUAUUUUUGCUCUUUCAACCGAUCAUACUUGUGUUUGAUCCGGACUUUGUCAAGGGAAUCUUGUGUACCAACACGCAUCCAAAACCUUACAAGGCUUAUAAGCUCUUCAAGAAGAUCCUUGGAACGCGAUUCCUGGGAAAUGGCCUAGUGUCUGUUCUGGACUAUGAGACACACGCACCCAAACGGGCUCUUCUCAACCCUGCCUUCAAUAGAAAGUAUCUGCAGGGUAUGAUGGGGCAGUUCAAUGCAGGAGCAGAUGUCUUGAUUGAAAAGCUGAGUCACAAGGCUGAUGGUAAGACGGAGGUCGCCAUGUUGGAUGAGUUCAAUCGCACGACGCUCGACAUCAUUGCUAAGGUUGCGUUUGGGAUGGACCUGAACAUAACUCUGGACGACAACUCUCCCUUUAGAAAAGCGGUGUCCACUAUCUUUGCAGGUGCAGAUUUAGAAAAAACUUACCCAACGACGGCGUUCAGCCCACUUCCGGCAGCUCGUAAAAUGCGGAAAGACGUUCGAGACAGCAUCAACUUUCUUCGGGAGACGGGCCGUCGGUGCAUUGAGGAGAGACUAAAAGCCAUGGAGAAGCAAGAGGAGGUGCCCAGUGACAUUCUGACUCACAUCUUGAAGGAAGUCGAUGGCUUCAAGAAAGAGAGUGCCAUCGAUCUGGAAGGAUUGAUCGAUGAGUUUAUUACACUUUUCAUCGCCGGUCAAGAGACAACUGCCAAUCUUCUGGGCUUUGCUUUGCUAGAGCUUGGUCAUCACCCAGAGGUCAUGCAUAGACUGAAAACUGAAGUGGAGGCGGUCUUUGAAGACAAGGAUCUUCUGGAGUAUGCAGACAUUAGUCAACUAACCUACAUGAUGCAGGUUUUGAAAGAAACCCUUCGCCUAUGGCCGCCAGUGACAGGUAGCGCUAGGGGGUUGGCCUGUGACGUCGUAGUCAAAGGGUAUAAAUUGCCUAAAGGAACUAUAGUGUCGGUGAGUUCGUACGUAAUGGCAAGAAUGGAGGAAUAUUUCCACGAUCCGUUGCAGUUUGAGCCCGACCGUUUCAAGGCCAGUGAUGACAAAUCGCAUUAUGCGUACUUUCCGUUCUCGCUGGGUAGUCGUAACUGCAUCGGCCAGCAGUUUGCAUUAAUCGAGGCUCGUGUUCUGCUGGCCAAACUACUGCACAGGUUCGAAUUCAACCUUGUCCCAGGACAAGGUCACGGGGUACUUGAUGAGAUCACACUGAAGCCUGCGGGGAGAUGCAGAAACUACUUGACACCUGUGGAAUAGGAGUUUUACAUUGCAACCAAUUUUGUUUUCAUCAGCAGGCUCAAAAUGCCCUGGCCCCGAUGGGUCAGUGGGUUUCUUGAGGUAGGGCCGUCCUGUAAGCUGAUUGGCCACAGAGAUAAAGUAGAAAGAUUGCAGGUAACACCA